ACCAUCAGAAACAAGAAGAGCAUAAAAGUACUGAAUCAUGGCAAUUGCUGUGAGGUUUUCCAGCUUGUAUCUGUCAGCUGUUAGUCUGAUCAUCCUCAACACUGUAAUCAUCGGUGAUGCCCAGUUCAGGUCACCGGAAAAACACACGGCGCUCUUCGUGUUCGGCGACUCAUUGCAUGAUCCAGGAAACAACAACUAUAUCAACACCACUGCCGAGUACAAAGCAAAUUUCUGGCCUUAUGGGGAAACAUUUGUUGGUAUUCCCACCGGAAGAUUCUCCGACGGCCGCCUAAUUCCUGAUUUUAUAAGUGAGUAUGCAAAAUUACCAUUGAUUCCACCGUAUUUAAAUCCCGGGGUUCACAACUAUGAAUAUGGGGUGAACUUUGCUUCUGGCGGGGCUGGUGCUCUUGUUGAAACUCAUCAAGGUUUUGUGGUAGACCUUAAAACUCAGCUGAGUUAUUUCAAGAAAGUGGAGAAGCAGUUAAGGAGAAAACUUGGUGUCCGAAAAGCUAAGGAAUUGAUAUCUUCAGCUGUUUACUUGUUCAGUGUGGGAGGCAAUGAUUAUCUUUCCCCUUUCACGUUUAACUCCAGUUUAUAUGACAAAUAUUCUAACAAAGAAUACAUUGGCAUGGUGCUUGGCAAUUUGACCCAAGUUGUUGAAGUAAUGAUAGAUUGCGUGCGAUGUUAUAUGUGGGGAAUAUACAAAAUAGGAGGAAGGAAAUUUGGGUUCUUAAAUAUGGUACCUAUGGGUUGUCUUCCAGCGGUUAAAAUUGUUCAACCGGGAAAUACUGGUUCUUGCGUUGAAAAAGUUAAUUCACUGGCGAAACUGCACAACAGAGAACUUCUUAAAGUCCUCCAACUGAUUCAGAGGCAGCUCAAAGGUUUCAUCUAUUCAGUGCACGAUUUGUAUACUUCUUUUAGUGAAAGAUUGGAGAACCCAUUGAAAUAUGGUUUUAAGGAAGUGAACGUGGCAUGUUGUGGGACCGGUCCGUACAGAGGAGUUUAUAGCUGUGGAGGGAAAAGAGAAGUGAAAGAGUUUGAAUUGUGUGAUGAUGUGAGUGAUUUCUUAUUUUUUGACUCUCUUCAUUCGACCGAGAAAGCCUACAAGCAACUUGCAGAACUCAUCUGGAGUGGUGAGUCUGAUAUCACAAAGCCUCUCAAUCUCAAAGCAUUAUUUGAACUUGAGAAAAGUCAUGUCUAUUUUGGCAUUAAAGACACAAGUUAUGAUGCUCUUUUACGCAGUAGUUCUGUAAUUGCAAAGGAAGAAGGCCUUCAGGCUCCUAAUUCAAAGCAGGUUAAGGAUAUGGCAAUGACUUUGAGGUUUUCCGGCGUGCAUUUACCGGCUGUUUGUCUGAUCAUCCUCAACACUGUAAUCAUCGGCGCCGUCCACUUUAGGCCACCAGAAAAAUAUGCGGCGCUCUUCGUGUUCGGUAACUCAUUUUAUGAUCCGGGAAACAACAACUACAUCAACACCACCACUGAAUACCAAGAAAAUUUCUGGUCUUAUGGAGAAACCUUUUUCCGUUUUCCCACCGGUAGCUUCUCCGAUGGCCGCCUGAUUCCUGAUGUUAUAAGUGAGUCUGCAAAAUUACCAUUGAUUCCGCCGUAUUUAAAGCCUGGGUUCAAAAACUGUGAGCAUGGGGUGAACUUUGCUUCUGGUGGGGCUGGUGCUCUUGUCGAAACUCAUGAAGGUUUUCCAUUCUGCAUUUUGAAUGUUUUAACCCUUAAAACUCAGCUGAGUUAUUUCAAGAAAGUGAAAAAGCAGUUAAGGAGCAAAGUGCGAGAAGCUAAGGAAUUGAUAUCUUCAGCUGUUUACUUGUUCAGUGUGGGAGGCAAUGAUUAUCUUUCCCCGUUGAUGUUUAACUCCAGUUUAUAUGACAAAUUUUCUAAGAAAGAAUACGUUGCCAUGGUGCUUGGAAAUCUCGCCCAAGUUAUCAAAGGAAUAUACAAAAUUGGAGGAAGGAAAUUUGGGCUUGGGAGUUUACUACCUUUAGGUUGUCUUCCAGGGACUAAAAUUCUUCAACCCGGAAAUACAGGUUCCUGCUUUAAAGAAGUUACUUCACUCACGAAACUACACAACACAGAACUUCCUAAAGCCCUUCAAUACAGAGUCAGCUCAAAGGUUUCAUAUAUUUCAAAGCACGAUUUGUACACUUCUUUUAGUAGAAGAAUGGAGAACCCCUUAAAAUGCGGUUUUAAGGAAGCGGACAUAGGAUGUUGUGGAAGCGGUCUUUACAGAGGAGUUUAUAGCUGUGGAGGGAAAAGAGGAGUGAAAGAACUUGAGUUGUGUGAUGAUGUGAAUGAUUACUUCUUCUUUGACUCUUAUCAUCCGACCGAGAAAGCCUACAAGCAAUUUGCGAAGCUAAUGUGGAGUGGUAAUUCUGAUAUCACAGAGCCAUUCAAUCUCAAAGCAUUGUUUGAACUUUAGAAAAGUCACGUAGGUGCAGAGAUUUUGAAACCCAAUACCGUUGUUGACAUAUCUAUUCUGCUAACAUCUACCAGAACUCUUGGCCGUAGCCUGGAAAUCCAUUACCC